AUGUGCGCCGCGCAACUUGCCCCCAAGAUUUGCAUGUUCAUGUGUCAAAAACCCUGCAUUCAAAAAUGUGUUAUGGCCUCGCCUGUCCCACGCGAAUUUGAGUUGAUGUCCGAACCAGCCUAUCCAGUAUCACCAUUUGCUGAUGAGAUGUUUACUCCGCAAACACGGCUAGGAUGUAUGCCCUCUGGAUGUAUGAUGGAUAGCGCUGUUCCACCAAUGAUUGACCCCUGA